AUUGUUGCAAACGCCAUUAUACCAAAGAGGAAGAAGGUUGCAAGAGCAAAAUGGCAGCCUCAAUUGAGAGUUUGUUCGUUGAAAUAGCAAGCCUUGAAGAGCCUAUCGAAGAGCUGCAAACUUUAAAAACUGCCGUUUUAUCAAUACCUGUAAGCGCCCUUAGGGAUACAGUGAGUGGACUCCGGCUUGAAGUGAUUUUCUCUCUUUUGAACACAAAUGACAGAGAGAAAAUUGAGCUAUGCGUGGACAUCCUUGGUCGAAUCCUGCUCGCCCUCAGCCCUGUCCACCUGGCCCAAAACUGCAGAGUGGAACUUCAGGCUGGACUGAAACAUCCUGAUGAUACAGUCAAAAUACUGGCAUUGACACAAAUUGGUAGAAUGGUAUUGAACCAUGAGGCAGUAACAGAAAUUCAGAACAACCAAGACAUACUUCGGGAAGUGAUCCACUGCAUCAGAGGAGAGAAGAUGUCAGUGGCCAAAGAGGCAAUACGAGCUCUUGCCAAACUUAGCCAUUCCAAAGCUGGGUUAGAUGCUCUAUUCAGGAGCGACUUGCUGAAAGACCUCAAGGAUGUGAUGGCUACAAGUGAUAUUGUCAGAUACAGAGUAUAUGAGCUGAUAGUGGACAUAUCGUCUGUCUCUCCUGUCUCCCUGGGUUACUGUGCCAACAGCAGCUUUAUUUCCCAGCUACUGGGGGAGCUGACAGGAGAUGAUGUACUGGUCAGGGCUACAGCCAUUGAGAUGGUGACCACACUUUCCCACAGUCAGCAUGGGCGCCAGUACCUGGCACAGCAAGGCAUCAUGGAUAAGAUAUCCAACAUGAUCACUGGAGCAAAAUCAGACCCCUUCUCUAGUUUCUACCUGCCAGGGCUGGUGAAGUUCUUUGGGAACCUGGCCAUCAUGGACAGUCCCCAGCAUGUGUGUGAGACCUACCCAGCUUUCCAGAACAAGGUGUUUGAGAUGACCAGCGACCCAGACCCUGUUAUGACUGGAGUGGCUCUGGACACACUGGGGGUCCUGGGCUCCACCGUGGAGGGGAAACAAGUCCUGCAGAAAACAGGUGAAAAGUUCAAUGCUGUGCUGAAGAGAAUGAGCCAGCUGGCCAGCGGUGGAGCCACCGAGCUGCGAGUGCGCUGUCUGGAGGCCAUCUCACUCCUAAUCACUCUGCAGGCUGAACAGCAGACAGAGGACCUGCUGGUUCUAACAGAGUCCUGGUUCCAUCUGCUGUCUAACCAGCCUAUGGAGAUGAUCCGGAACAUCAGCACCCAGCCCUUCCCUGAGCUCCACUGUAGUGCUCUACGCAUAUUCACUGCCAUCGCUCCCCAGCCAUGGGGUCAAAGGUUAAUGAUUGGCACACCAGGGUUCAUGGAGUUCAUUGUCGACCGUUCGACUGGUCCGACCAAGGAAGCGAAGGAUGCUAAGUUUGAGCUUGUGGGGGCGCUGGUGAGCUCUUCCACAGCAGCGGACAUCUUGGGUAGCCAGCACUACUUACGCCUGCGGUCUUACCUCCGAGAGGGAGCGUACUAUGUGACCGCUGUGGCAACAGUGACCACAGAGGGAGCGGACUGAGAGAAAUGGGGAAAAUGUCAUAUUACAUGCUAUUCCCAAUAUAGCACACUACCUUAGGCCCUACUCAAAAGUAGUGAACUGUAUGGGGCGUAGGUUUAACUUGAGACUGCUACCAGACCAGGACCAACAAGACUCAAUUCUUGUUAUUUUAUUAGAUUGAUAGCCUGAGAUGCAUUUACUGUUGCUUUUUCUAAGUGAAAUAUUUGCCCUUAUUAAAGAGGAAGCAUAUUGAAAAUGACAA